CGUCCUCCCGCCCACCGCAAACCAAACGGCCAUUCCUCGCCGAUCUCUGGCCCGACGAUGGCGGCCGCUGCUCCAGGCGCAGCGGGACCCACCAGCCUGCGAGUCUCCUCCUCCCUCUCCCACCGCCUCCCUUCACAAGCCCUCGCGUCACCCCUCACCGUCCGCUUCUUCUCCCGCUCCCUCCCUCCACGCCGCAUCAAGAUCUCCCUCCCCUCCUCCGCCCGCCGCCCCGUGACCGUACGAUCAGGCGGCGGUGGAGGCGGCGAGGGCGGAGGUGGCGGCAGCGGCGACGGUGAUGGAGAGGAUGGGAGCUCGGGGCGGAAGAACCGGUCGGAGGCGCUGCUCGUGCUGGCCGAGGCAGGGCGGACGCUGGAGAGCCUCCCGAAGGACUUGGCGGCCGCGAUCGAGGCCGGGCGGAUCCCUGGGUCAAUCGUGCAGCGGUUCUUUGAGCUCGAGAAAUCGCCGGUCUUCCGGUGGCUGCUCCAAUUCGGGGGGUUUAAGGAACGGCUCCUGGCCGAUGACCUCUUCUUGGCUAAGGUCGCCAUAGAGUGUGGCGUCGGCAUAUUCACCAAGACAGCUGCAGAGUGGGAACGUCGCAGAGAGAAUUUUAUGAAGGAAUUAGAUUUUGUUUUUGCAGAUGUGGUAAUGGCCAUAGUUGCUGAUUUUAUGCUUGUCUGGCUUCCUGCUCCAACGGUCUCUCUACGACCACCUCUUCAAUUCAAUGCUGGACCUAUUGCAAAGUUCUUUUAUAACUGUCCUGAUAAUGCUUUUCAGGUUGCUUUGGCUGGAACAUCAUACUCAUUCUUACAGAGAGUUGGUGCAAUUAUGAGAAAUGGAUCUAAGCUUUUCAUCGUUGGGACAAGUGCAUCUCUGAUUGGUACUGGUAUAACCAAUGCUUUGAUCAAUGUGAGGAAAGCAAUUGACAAGGAUUUUGGUGUUGAAGCAGAAGAUGUGCCCAUAUUAUCAACUAGUGUUGCCUAUGGAGUCUACAUGGCUGUUUCAAGCAACCUUAGGUAUCAAGUAUUGGCAGGUGUCAUAGAACAACGCAUUCUGGAGCCCUUACUCCACAACCAGAAGCUAGCACUGAGUGCACUAUGCUUUGCAGUUCGUACCGGAAACACAUUUUUGGGAUCCCUGCUAUGGGUUGACUAUGCUCGCUGGGUAGGGGUCCAAAAGAUCCGGGAAUGACGUGCCAGAUAAAUGUCAUCGCUCGUUCUGGUCGCCUUAUGUCAUGAAAGCUCAGUCUGAGAUACUUCCUCGGAUGCUGGUCAUCAAGUUGUACCUCUUGAUCAGUAUGGAAGGUAUUUAUUGGUAGCCAAGUUUCAUUUCUAAACUGCUUGUCAUGAUUUUUAUGUCGUUUGUUCCUCGACUGGAAAUUUCUGAUUUCCCAUUGUUUUCUUCAAAGUGCAGAAUGAAUCUGCUAGAUUUACUUGAAGUUAUUCUCUAUCGGCCAAUACUAUCACGGAAAACUAUGUUUUGAAGUACCAUAUUUAAGAUUUAGCAUAUAAAGCCACCAACAUACUUGCUUUUGCAGGUUUCUUAA